AUACAUCCAGUGAAAUAUCUGGCUCUAGCUGUGGUUCAGAUAUUUUUACCGCGGAAGAAUAUUUUAAGAAAACAUUUAUUAAAAAAGACACGCAGUAAAAACGGGAUAGCUUGGAGAACGAUAUUAUAAAAUGUCUUCGUCAAAGACAUCUUGGCUUUUGGGGACCUUGUUAAUAUCAAUACUUUGUUUUGUUUCUUGGAAACAUUCAAUAAUCGAUGUGAGAGGUGCCUUUCUAUUGGUGGGGCGAGGUCUGUUGCUGUUGGGCCUGUCUACCUUGAUGGUGUCAUAUUUUUAUCCACGGCUGAGGUCUUUGUUCACUUCCAACACCCGAUCAACAUCUGAAUAUUCUGAAGAUGAGGAGGCAAAACAAAGACAAAAGCAGGCAAGGGAGGAGCUGCAGGAGAAACACAGUGAGAAGGCCUUCUCUUACCAGGAGUCAGUGCUGAGGCCUCGUCAGGAGUCUUCUAUGAGGAAGAAAGAAGAGCGAUUCUACCGCAUGACGGGAGAGACCUGGAAGCUGACUGACGGAGAACAACUUGGGGAAGGAGAAUCGUUAGGGCAGAGUGCCCAUGAGGAUGUUGAUGGGACACCCAAUCAGGAGGCAGUAAGAAGGAGGAAACUGCCAGAGAGUGCCACCAGACUCCACCCCAAACCUGAGGUCCCUCCCCCAAAAAGGGUGGUCGUUUUACCAGAGGAGCCAGCAGAGGAUGCUGAAGGGGUUGUACGGGUGGCUUUGAGAUGCCCAAGUGGAAGAACAAUUCACAGAAGAUUCCUGAAAUCUGACAGCUCCUCGGUUCUUUUGGACUGGUUGCUGAAAACAGGAUAUCACCCUGCAGUCUAUACAUUAUGCACCACCUACCCCAGACAACCCUUGGUCAUUGGGAAAGACAUAAGCAUGGGGGAUGCAGGUAUUUUAACACACACAGUAUUAAAUGUGGAAGGGAAAGAUCCCUCCACAACCUGAGGAAAAAGCAUCAGUUCCAUGCCAUUUGAAAAUAAAAAUAUGGGCAACUGGUUGCUGGAUCAUGGAAGGCGUCAGAACAGCAAAUCCUUGACAAGGGAACAAAGCUAUGAACUAAGUCCAUAUUGCAUGGAUUCUUAAUGUCAGAACCAAGUAUACAGUGUACUCCUUUCAUGCUCAGUUGUAUGAAUUACUGUUUCAUUAAAACAUAUUGCUACACAAACACGCAUGAGUGGACAAUGUCGAGUUCUGGUGGCGUUAUACACUGUUGGGUUGUAAUUUGAAAUACUUGCUCCACCAGAAGUUAAUGGUUAUGUAGGAGGAAUGUAUAUGGUGGGGUCAAUGGCGGUAGUUUAAGAGCCAGGGGCUUGGAAUGUUAAAGAAAAAGGCAAUCACAUGUUUGGAUAGCUGUGGAAUGGGAGCAGAGGUCAGGUCACACGAAGUAACACUAUUACCCACAUCAACUUUCUGCCUAGCAACAAAUGUUUUUAGGAAAGGUGACUCCGCCUAAAGGGGGAUAUAAAUACUUGGUGUUAACAUGCAUUUUUUUCAGCCAUUGGGUGAAUAAACUUUUAGGUUCUAAAUGAGGAAACUUAACCAUGAUUGGACUUGAUUGAAAAUAUCAGAGUAAUUGUUUAGGAUUAAAAGUACUUUAGUUCAAAUACAUCAGAGGCAAUCACGGACAAAUAUACAGAGGGCAGUAAACGCAAACGAGUAGGAGAAAGCAGGUAGGUCUAUUGACAUGAAAGCAUACAAUCCCAAGGAGGAAGAGGCAUCUCCCUCAAUUUUAAGCAUCCAUUCCCAAAUAGUGUGGUGAAGGCUAGGGAUGUAAGUGUGUGCAUUUGUAUAAAAUAUUGUAAAUAAUUCACAUGCCCGGCUUUGCCAACAGAAAUUGUAUAUUUGUCCAGUGAUAGGAAGAGUUGUCACAUUUGUUUGCGUAAUGUACAGUCCGCGGAAGAAAAACAAAGGAACAUUACUAUCAAUAGUAUAGAGCAGGCAAUUGCACUAAAGGCUAAAACAGGACACUGUGUUGCAGUACUGAGACACAGGGCAAUGUGUAUUAUUGUAAUGUGUACUAAAUGCUUAUAUGGCACAUUUUGGUCCAUGUUAGUGCUUUAAUGUUGGUAACAGGUCAUAUGCACACAGGUUUUGGGAGGGUUUGUCGUUUGCUGUAGAGGAGUUUAUAAGAAGUAGUCGGGGGUACGGCGGGUGACGUGGGGCUCUCCGCGUCGAGGUGCAGGGUCGAACUGAAGG